CCAACGAUUAAUCGACAUUACAAUUACAACACAUUGAUCCUCGAUUAAUCUUCGAUGAAAAAUAAUGCAAAUAACGAAUGCAUAUUACAUACGAUACAAAUAAUGUAUCGUUUACGCGUUUUAAACAUUCUAUUAAUCAUUGGAAGAAGAAAAAAAACGAUAGGCGACAUUAAUAAAUUGUACAUACAUGUGCAUGCAGACAAGAUGGCGUAUUCCUGUGUUGUGCUUGCACAUAGGCCACGCGAUGGUAGACAACGCAUCGUUCGUAUUCUAACCUAAAACCACGACCCUUUCGAUUACACCGAAAAUGUAAAGAUUUAUUUUGAAGAAAGAAACAAUGUCAUAUCAAAACUCACCGUUUUCAACGAUGUACGCUCAAGAAGAUUACGACAUCGACGAAGAUAAUGAAGAAUAUGUCGAGGAAGAUCGAGAUGCGGAGGAGCAGGACGAUAGCGAUGAAGAUACGGAAGAAGCUAGCGAGACGGAUAUGGGAAAAUCUGAAGAAUAUACAGAGAUUAAAGAACAGGUAUAUCAAGAUAAAUUAGCCAAUUUAAAAAAGCAAUUACAACAACUGAAGGAUGGCACCCACCCAGAAUAUAAUCGUAAACUAAAGCGCUUAGAAGCACAAUACAAAGAAAGGUUGCGUCUGAAUAUCAUUUAUCGAGAUUAUUUAACGGAAUGGGUCGAAAGAGAUUACAUACUGGAGAAAAAAGCAGCUGCUAAAGAAUUUGAGGAAAAGAAAAUAGACUUGAAAGAAAACUUACUAACGGAUAUGGAAGAAAAAAGAAAAAUGAUUGAAUCCGAUCGGCAUACAAUGGAGCUUACAGGAGAUUCGAUGGAGGUAAAGCCAGUGAUGACAAGAAAAUUACGUAGGCGACCGAACGAUCCGGUACCCGAAAAAGUCGAGAAACGUAGGAAACCUCCUCCGGCGCAAUUAAAUUACUUAUUAGAUGAAAAAGAAAUAGAAAGUGAUUUAAAAGCUAUUAGUCGGGGUAAAAUUUUAACGACGAUAAGAAAACCAGUACUUCCACAUUACAAUACAGUAAAUAUACAAUCUCAACAUAUUUCGCCAUCUACCGACACAUCUCUAGUGGAAACAAGGAUAGAAGGUGGAAAACUCCUCUAUGAAAGACGAUGGUUCCAUCGUGGACAACCGGUAUACGUAGAAGGACAGGACUUGACGAGAUUUGCGGCAAACAUAUCGGCGAUUGGAACAGAAGCUAUAUGGGUGAAAAAAAUAUCGGAUGGAAGCAAAGUUAGAAUUUACAUAUCGCAACUGAGCCGUGGAAAGAUUUCUAUAAAACGACGAGCAUCGUAAUAACUCUCCUUUAAUGAGUUAUGACGACAUUUGCAUAUACGGCGGCUAGAAGCAUUUGAUGAAGCAUCGAAUAAUGAUCAAACUUGUGAUAUAUUAGAUUUAUCGUUUAUUUAAGUUCUAUUGUUCAAAGGCAAUGUAAUUUUGACAAUGCUUGUUUUCUGCCACCAAUAAAACCAAAUUUUUUGAUGAUUUUCAACUGCUAUGUAUAUCCAGAGGAAAUACGAAAAAAUGAGUAAUGCCAUCAUUACUAGCAAAGAAUAAGUGGUCCAUCGUGCUGGAGGAAAAUUAUUAUAAUUAUUCGCUGCAUAAAAAUCAGCACCAAUCACGCAAAUGUAGGAACAUAUUACGGUCGCUGGGGUGACAAUGAUACAGCGAAGCAAAUCUGUUCUCAAAUUGCGCAUAUAUAAUUGAUGACGUUGAUGUUGAAUAACGCACAGCCAUAUAAUAACGGAUGUAAUAGCUUUGUAACGUGGGGUGCGUUCGACUUGAAAUACGUGUCCGCAUAAUUCACAAUUAUUUCUAUUGCUUUCCUCUAACCAACGUUCUAAACAUUUCACAUGAACAGCACCCAUCGUACCCUAAAAAUAGUACAUACAAAUAUAUAAUAUCUAAUAGAUUGCAGCUCAAAAUAAUAUGUGUAUUAUAAUUGUUCAUAUAUGUAUAUACUAAUUACCAAAACUAAAACAUUGUACAUAUUGUAUAAAUAUUAAUAAUACGAUA